AUGAAUGAAAAAUUUAUUGAUCUUCCGAAAUUUAUCGUUCUUCAUAUAAUUAUUGGUUAUAAUUCCUUUCAUAUUUCGAAAUAUGACGAUGCAUUAAAUUAUUAUAACACUGCACUCGACUCAUUAGAUGAUGAUGAUAAGAAGUCAAGAGGUCAUCUUUAUGAUCAUAUUGGAGAUGUAUAUAAAAUGAAAGAUGAUUUCGAAAAUGCAUUAAAGUGUUAUGAGCAAUCAUUAGAAAUGUUACGUAGUCAAUAUUAUAAAAAACGUUGUUUUCCUAUUAUAUGUAGGAAAAUAGCGGAGAUACAUCAAAUAAAAAAUAAACAUGAAAAAGCUAUUUCUUAUGAAGAUGAAGCAGAUCAAUUAGAUAAAAUUUAUAAACGAACAUCAGAUGAAAAUCAUGAAAAAGUCUUAGAAAAGUAUCAAAAACAAUUAAAUACUCAAUCUGAUCUUUCGCCACGUGAACGCGCCGAGAUACUACUUUUAAUGGGUCAGUGUUUGCAGCACACAGUUUUACGUACACAACAGCAUGGACCACAGCAACAAUCACAGCAAGGAUCGCAGCAUGAGCAACAACAAGGAUCACAGCAAGAGCAACAGCAAGAAUCACAACAGCAUGGGUCACAACAUGAACCACAACCGCAGCCACAGCCACAACCACAACCACAACAUGAUGAACGACAACAGCCUGGCAUAUUAAUAGUAAUAAUGCAGUGA